UCUUCCGCCUUCUCAACGGCACGGUUGCCAUCUGAGACUCGGGUCCGACGCUGAAGUAACUGUCGUGUGGCGCAUUUGCUCGAGUCAGUCCGGUGGAAAAAGCAGGUUUACCGGGGGACUAAUCGGUGCGGGUUCACAGCUUUUCCCGGUUAAAGUUUCAACAGGAAGGAGCUAAACCGGAAAAUUACCAGAACUGAAACUUUAUCACAGUUUGGAGUUUUUUUUAAAAGAAAGAAACAUGGCAGACAGCGACGAGCAGCAAGUUUCUUCCACCACUCCUAUGUUUAACGAGGAGGUGCACCACUACCAGGCCGAACCGGAACCCGAACUAGAACCUGAUCUUCAGCCAGAGCCACAGCCGGAGUCAGAGCCCAGGCAGGACCUCUUCAGCUUGGAUGACAUCGUGGACCUGGUCGGCGGGGCUCAGGACGCCUUACAGCGGCACAUUGCUGAGGACAGCGCGCCUCAUGACUCCAGGCAAACUUCAGCGGAGGAGCCGGAGACGAUACCAGAGCCUGCCCACAUACCUGAACCAGAACCGGAGCCGGAACCAACACCGGUGCUUGAACAGAAGCCAGUACUGGUGCCAGAACCGGAGCCAGAAGCAAAGCCAGUAGUGGUGCCAAAACCGGAGCCAGAAGCAAAGCCAGUAGUGGUGCCAAAACCGGAGCCAGAAGCAAAGCCAGUAGUGGUUAUAGAACCGGAACCAGAGCCGCUGACAAUCGUAAAGGCACCCGAACCUAAACCGGAGCCUGUAGUAGAUAGUCCAGUUCCAGAUUCCACUACCUCCUCUUUUGUUCCUGAAGAGCCUAAAGUGGUCGCUCCUAAAGCCGAACCGGAGGUUACAAAGAUCGCCUCGCAGCUAAACGCAGCCCCCGCGGCGGAACCCGAACCUGCCCCUCAGAGCGACGCCCUCCCAGCGGCUGAACCCCAGAAAGCAGCGCCCGCCGUCGCAGAGGCAGCAGUGCAGCCUGCGGUGACACAGGAACCAGCGGCUCCGGCAUCGUAUGUACCUUCUCCUCUUAAAGCUCCGCCUCCUUCUCUGAUGCAGUUCCCUACAGCACUUGGGCAGAAGGGUGAUUCCCCUGCUCCCAUCUCUCCUCUCUCCCCUCUUCACUCACCCGACUCUCUGGAAGAGCUCUCUCUGACCGAGAGUCCCAACCAGCCCCCUCCUUCGGGACCUGCUGCACCCUUGGGCUCCUUCUCCACUGAACAGCCCGGUACUCUUUCCAAGGGCAUGCCUUGGGAGGGUGAAGAGGGUGACUCUGGACCAGGCCAUAGUAAAAAUAAGGAAGAUCUUCUAGAUUCAUUAGCUGGUCCUUACCUGAGUUUAGGGAAAGACCCAGGGCCUCAUAAUCCAUGUGAAGACAGCGGCAUUUCCUUCUCACCUGAGGAGAAGCUGAUUAGCUCAGACAGGUCCUCCACAGGCCCCUCCCCCGUGAUCCCCCAGAUGAUGGUACCUGAGUCUCACCUUGCCUCCUCUAACCCAACAGAGCACUGGGAUUCACCAUUUCUAACAUCUCAAGACAACUCCAAGGUCUCCAUGGAUUCCUUCUCCAAGGACACAACAACCAUUGGCUCCUCCCGGUACGAGCCAGACCUCCAUGGCAACCAGUCUGAUGAAGAUGACGACUUGAUGUAUGAGAUAAAGAAGAAUAAUAACCCAUUUGAGGGCUAUUCCCCGUUGGCAGACAGCGGUUACUCCCACUUUGGCGAGUCCAAGUCUGGCAGCAAGGUGCCUAAGAUGUCAGAGAGUCCCACACCAGAUCUGGUCCAGUAUGGGCUGACUGGAGAAUCCCAGGAGACCCUACCAUCCGACGAGGGGAAAAUGUUUGAGACCAGCAAGAUGGCCGUGGACUCUCUCAUGCAGUCAGUGAAUCAGUUCUCAUCUGGUCUGAAAGAUGAUGAUGAAGAGGAAGAUGACGCCGCUUUGCCCCCAUCACUUCCAGACAUCCUGAAGUCUUCUCCACUCAACCCGGACAAGAUUGACUCUGGCUCGUCCGAGGGAAGUCCAGAGGAGCAGAGCCCCAUCUUUGAACGGAAGAUGAUGGAGUCGCCCAACCCUCCCAUUAACCUGUCCGCCAACAACCCCUUCGCUUUCGAUACUAAGGUGUCCCUGCUGAAGGAGAUGACAGAGGAGAUGGAGGUGAGAGGUGCCGACAAAGGGAAGGUUGAAGACGAUAAAACUUUCGGAGCGUUUGAUCUCGUGAAGGAGGCUGAAGAAACCACCCCGUCGAAAGUCAAGGAAGAGGAACCUGUCAAGAUUGGACAGAAGGAAUGGUUUUCAAGCCACGAUUCGCCCAAAAUAACUACAAAGUUUGAGCCACUCGACUUGGGGAGCAAAAAAGCCGCUGCCGAGGAUUCGGAUUCGGAAUCGCCAACGGCAGAUUCCCUGUCUCCGGUCUUGGAAGCCAUGGGCAAGAAUCCUGCCAGCUUCCAGGUAGAAACCGAGAAGAAGGACUUGAAGAUGGAGAUGGAAGAGCCAGAGGUGGCUGAGGAAGUCUCCGAGCAUGAAGUCUCCUCUGAGGAAUUCGAGUUCAUCGAAAGACCACCACGAGGCGUGAUCGAUGAAUUUCUGGAAGCUCUUGAUACUUCCAAGUUUGCCUCCUCCAAACCCCCAGAGAUCCCCAUGGAUGAUGAUCUCGGCUUUGGACAAAAGGAUGUAGCCCCAGUUGCUUCCACAUCUCCCAAAGUUGCACCGCCCCCAGAGGCUGAAGAACAGGCUUCAAGUAAGAGCUCCUACCUCCUCCUCACCCAGGCCUCGCCCCAGAAGGGCAAGGCUGAGCUGGAGAAGCUUGACGUCCAGCCCCCGACCCAAGCUCCCCUCACCCAUUCCCCUGUCGGCAAACCAGCUGAUCCAGUCGCUAAGAAGAUCGCGGAGGGCAGCAAACUCUUUAAGAUGGCGAGGCUGAAUGUAGGAGCAGUGGUGGAUCUCCUCUACUGGCGUGAUGUGAAGACCACGGGCGUGGUGUUCGGCGCCAGCCUGCUGCUGCUCCUCUCGCUGACCAUGUGCAGCAUCGUCAGCGUCUGCUCCUACAUCGGCCUGGCGCUGCUCUCCGUCACCAUCUGCUUCAGGAUAUACAAAGGCAUCCUGCAGGCCAUCCAGAAGUCCGACGAGGGUCACCCCUUCAAGCAGUACCUGGACCAGGAGGUGGCGCUGUCUGAGGACCUGGUCCACAAGUACAGCGACAUGAUUCUGGCCAAACUCAACAAGACCAUCGGGGACCUGAGACGCGUGUUCCUGGUGGAGGACCUGGUCGACUCCAUCAAGUUUGCCGUGUUGAUGUGGAUCCUGACCUACGUCGGUGCCUUGUUCAACGGGCUCACUCUUCUUAUUCUGGGUCUGGUCGGAGUGUUCAGCUGCCCCAUCAUUUACGAGAAACACCAGGCUCAGAUCGACCACUACCUGGCGCUGGUCAACAGCCAGAUCAAAGACGUCGUCGGAAAGAUCCAGGCGAAGGUUCCUGGGAUGAAACGAAAGACGGAGUGAAGGGACGGAAAGUGAGAGUUUGGAUUCAGGAAGUCCUGAUGUGGCGGGAGGGAAGGAGGAAGAGGGGGGGGGGGGGUAUAUGAAGGAAGGCUGGAGGAGGAGAGGGGGGGCUGGCGUGGACGCAGCCCUUCUUACUGUAUUUGUCACAAUAAUAAACACUUUUUUUCCAGUUCAGAAUUCCUUUUGUUGUGUGUUUCCUGGAAAAGUUGCGCCACCAAAGUCGGCUGGACGGCAUUCCAGCUCCCCUUCUUUCUUUUUCAUUUUUUUUUUCAAGUUUGAAAUGUUUGUUUCUGUGAGGCUUCAAUCUCCCAGAAACGCGUUUAGAAUGCGGAUAAGCCCCGCCCCCUCCCACCUGGUGGGGGGUCAGGAGCUCCUCCAGCCGGUCAGGUGGUCGUUUCGUGUUCUUUGUCCCUGCCUGCGAUCAACUCGAGCAAUGAGGGUCGUUUCCAGCUGGCGAGAGCUGCCGCUGAGGAAGACGAGCGGCGGCUCUUCGCUGGUUUUUUGGGAUUUUUUUUUUUUUUUUUUUUUUUUUUUUUUUGUGCACUUUGAGGUUUUUGGGAUAUUUUUUUUUAUUUUUUUUUCUUGUCCCUGAAGCUUCGAGCUCGUUCCUCGGUCAGCUGGUUUCGCCUUGACGCGACGAACGCCGUCUGUGACUCCUGAUGAGGUGGCGGGGGAGGGGAGGGGGUGUUGUACUAAAAAUCUCUUCAUUGCUUCUGAGUAACUGUAGCUAGAAACAUCUAGAAACCUUUUUGGCAGACAAAUGAAACCCAUUAACUUCAUGUCAUCGCAGCUGUCUCGUAGAAACUCUGGAAAACGUUUACAUUCAUCUGGAAAAUGUACAAAUAAAAACCAAUCAUACUGUCUGUGGAGCCGAUAUCUUCAUGAAGUUGCAACUUAACGUGACUUUUGGGAAACUUUCAAGCAUCUGUUUGUUAUGCAAGUAUAAUUGUGAAUGAUAAACUUCUUCAUACUUAAAUUGUGACGAUAAAAAGCUUCCAGCUGGGAGCCGUGUUUGUGGAAUGCAUUGUGAGAUGUAAACAGUUAUCAAUAAAGCUUCUAGAAGAAGAAA